AUGUACCCCUUGACCCUCAAUAUUUUUUACUCUCGUAGCUACACUACCGCUGGAAAGAAACCCUACGCCUGCUUGAUUGGGACCGCAGAAGACCAAACCUAUUUGAUCAAAGCUUUUGGAAUCGACACUCGCUUGAUCGAAAAUAUUGCUCCUGGUAGUUUUAUUCAAAUUUCGAGUUACAUGCCUCGAGGCAAAAGAGAUGGAAUGUUCCAUAUUCUUCUUAAAGAGACCUCUACCGUUCAACUGGUACCACCACCACCCCCAUCUACUCCUACUGCUGCCCGACGACGUUCGCGAUUUGGGCAGAACAACAAUGAGGAUUUUGAACAGAAACCCCUUACCUCUUCUUCUACCCUAAAUGGCUUUGGCUCCCAAAGUAAUCUUCUUGACUAA